AUGCUGAACCAUAACCUCACCGUCAGCGCCACCCGCGUUGCAUACGUGAGCUUGACUGAUGAGUUUCUACUUGGGUACGCAUGUACACGACGCUGCGUUCUCCGCUUUGCAUACGCCGCCUUCGCUGUCCUGGAGAUGAAAAAUGUCAGCACGAUCUUAUAA